AUGGGACCGGGUAUUUCCCGGGCUUCGGACGUAGUUUUCGCUAAAAAUGAAAUUUUUCAGCGUUAUACUAACAAUGUCUUUGACGUUGGACUCGACGAGAUUGCUUUUUCUAAGGAAUUUACUUCAAAAUUAUUCCAAGAGAGAAAAACUCCAUCUCAGAUCAAAGUAAAACUACCCGGAGAAAAUCUGAUUGUCGAUAUAGUUUCAAACCCUCUACUAUUUACGCAAGCGCAAACGCCAAGUGAAGCUUUUAUUUCAGUUAUCACUCCAAUCUUCACUUCAUCAGAGAUGACUCAAUCGACAAUGCACCAUAUUUUAUCGGAAUUUUUCACCUUCCUCAGUACAAAGCCUGAUAACAUCUUAAUUGCUGAUGAAGAAGUAUAUAAUUCAUUAAUGCAUCAGCAAAAAAAUGAAAACGAGCAGUUAUCGAAGAUUCUGAUGAAGCAUGCCGAACGAACUCCCAUAAACAUCCAAGAAAUGAAAUCUGUCGUACAAAAUGUCACAAAAUUCCUUAAUAUUUUGCAAUCUACAGAGAUUUCUAAUUACACAUUUAAUCCAAACUAUCAAGAAAUCACCAAUUUACUCAGAGAACAAAGUGCGGUUCCACAAAUUUUAUGGGGUUUAACAAUUGGAGAUUCUACAGCGAUUAUCGAAGGUCUUUCAAAAAUUCUAUCCCUUUCAUCCAGUAAAAUCGAUUCAAAAUUAAAAUUUAAAAUGUCGAAUAUUGAAAAUUGCAUAAAACACUUAUCCUUCAGCAGCACGAUCACUCUACCCUUCGAUUCUACAAUCAUUGGAACUGUUUCCAUUCCUCAAAGUAAAAGCCAAGGCAUGAAACCUUCAUCAAUCAUCAGUUCUGAUGGAAGAACAAUAUUUUUACUUGGUCACCACUGUACUUUACAUAUUAUCAAACUUUCUGACACGUUUACAAAUAUAGAAUCUCGAUUUCAUAAACUUGAUCUCAAAAUUCCAAAGGAAGAGAGGUUAAAUUUGAGUCUUUGCGUUAGUAAUGGUCAUAUUAUCAUCAAUGGUCCUUUCCUCAAGCAUCCAAAGAUCAUAAAAAUCCAAUCUUUACAAGAUAUUCAAGAUAUCAAAUUUUCUCACAAGAUUCACGGCAGAACUGUUAGCGAUGGUCAUUAUAUGUACUUCUACCAUAAAAAGAAGAUACGUAUUUUGAGUUUAAACAAGCAAAAUGUCCAUGUUGAAAGAAUUAUUGAACCAUAUUUUGAAGGAACAACACUUUUGAACCCAUUUUCGAAGGAAUUAUUACCAGAUCCAUGGGAAGAUACAGCUUUGUUCUACGCCAGUGGUACUUCUUUAGUUUUUCUCGUUCAAAUUAAAAAUAAUGGAACUAAAUGUGACUAUUUCUCAAGAAGUUUCUCAUUAAUUGAUGGCAAACAUCUUGGAGAUCUCGUAUUCAGCCUCAAACUCCCAAUCGUGGCCAUAACUUCCGAUCCUUGGAACAAUUGUUUGUGGGCAAUCUCUCCUGGACCUCAAAACCUGUUUCUCGUCAAACUACAUAAGCUUGGAUCGAAGGCUGAGUGGUUGACAGGCCUCAACGGCGAAGAAUUUCCAACUUUUUCUUCAGUAAUCAAGUCAAUUAAAAAAGUUAAGAACAUUCCAACGCUUGUGAAGGCUUCUACGCGUUUCUUGGAGUACGUCACGGCCAAUUCCGUUGGAAUCCAGUUGAAAACUCUUUUAUUAACAAAAUAUUUCAACACUGACAUAGCUCAUUUCUUAAUUCCAUGCACGGAACAGAUGUUAACAGCCUUGGUUAAGUGCAUUUCUGCGGUUUGUGAGACGAUAAAUGCAAAAAAUGACAAAAGAAACUUAUUUAAGUCAAAUCAAAACGAUGUAUUCCUGAUUUCUUUGAUCGGACUGCUCCAACUUAACCUAGCAAACAUAUGUGCAAGGAACAUGGCCGACAAAAUACAAAGAAAUACAUUAAAUGAAAUUAUUGAUUUAUUAUCUUCACUUUACAACAACGAAAAAUACUCAUUUGCCAAACAAAUCAUUUCUUAUACUAUUGGUACCUCAUUCCCUCUUCUAUUUUCAGAUUAUGACCCAGAAAAACGCGCAAAUAUUUUCAAAACAAUUAUUUAUCAGCAGAACUCCGAUUUCAUCUUCUACAUCCUCCGCCUCCUCCAGAAACAAAGAUUCUUCAUCCAAUGCUUCACAGAUAAGACUUGCCACGAAAUUAUUUCUCCUUUGAUCGAAAUCUUGAUCUCUACGCCCCACAAGAUGACGCAAAGCCAGAAUGAGAUGUUGGUGUUGUUCCAGAGGAAUCUAAUGAUCUCUGCCAGAAAAUUAUACACAGAUUUUCCGAAAUCUAUCCCAGAAGACAAAAAAUUCCUUCAGAAUAUACUUUUUGAAUACUGUAAGAUGAUGUCCGAAAGGUUUGCGAAGGUUAUUGAUGACGUUAUGGCUCAAUAUAACGAAAAUUCCUUGAAAUUCUCAAAUUUCGUUCAAUUAUUCAGAAAAUGGCUGUUAUUACUUCAACCACUGUCCAAAUUCUCAAGGAUUUCCUGUAAAAUUGUGUACUUUUUGCAGCCAAUUUUCGUAAAAACGAGCGAACUCAUCAAAAUCGCAAAUCUGAACAAUGUUUAUAAUAAUGAUCACAGCAGUUUCGUUUUCCUCUACUCAUUGUUCUUCGAAAUCUUCACAAUUAUUAUUGAAUUUGUUAUUGCAUUAAUUAACGGUGGAAACGAGCUAAAUAAUGCAGAUAAUUACUUAUGGCUUGUCAGAGGUACAUUAGAAACCAACAUUACCCUUGAAAGUUUCCCACAAAAAUACGAUUUAAUUUUUUCUCCAAAAUCUUCUGAUGAAAGUCGAAAGGAACUGAUUCAGAUUGGUUUAGAAGAUGAUCCUGAGAAGGUCAAAUUCCUUUUAACAUCUUUAGAUCCACAAUAUAUUCUAGAAAAUGAAAAUUUAAUUAUUUCCAUUUUCAAUCGCCAAAACAAAGCGAUUGCUAAGCACAAACAUAAUGAUAUCAUGUUAAAUGAUAUCCUUUUCCUCUUUGCAGCUGCAAAACAAUUAGAUUUAUUGGAUGAAUUAAUUGUUUUCUCCGCUGCGAAGAAAGAGAACAGAGAAUCUCAAAUGACUCUCAAAUUCAAGGAAUUAACGCACGCCGUUAAUGAACUUCAUAGAACUCAGUACCAAAUUAAACAAUCUUUGAUCGCUGGAUCAGAAGAAGAGCUUUCUAAGAAGCUUUCGGACAUAAGACACAAGAUUGUCUUCCUUUUGAUGAUCUCUCCGCUUUCAAAAACUCAGGAUAAAGAUAUCUUAAACGUAUUUCACAAAUUUAUCAAUGAUGACUUCACAAUUGAACACAGUCUGCAAAUGAUAAGCGAUAUCCAACGCGUAAAAGAGAAUAUAACGCUUGGAAUUGAUAUUAUUGCAGAUAUUUUGAACAGAAACUUGAAUAUUGACUUUGUUUCCUUCAUGUUGGACAAGAUCAUCAGAUCAGAAUCAUUUAUGAAGUACGUUUCAUUCAUUGGAUCAAUGAAAUUAGAUAAAGAUAGAAAUGGCUUUGGAAACAUCUUCAAACUUCUGGAUUUGCUCAGAAAGAUUAUGCCAAGUGUUGAUUCCCCGGUAGUUCUGAAUCUAAUGAUUGUUUUUUAUUCAAAUCUUUUAAUGAUGGUCGGAAAAUACAAUCCAUCAUCAAUUUUAGAGCCUAUUUCCGAGCUCUUUGACUUGCUACUGUCCAAAAACAUAAGUAUCGAAGAGACUUCCCUUGAAUCUUACAUUGCUAUUUUGGCCUGUAACAUGUUCGCCAUAAUUCAUGAUUCAGAGAACAAGAUUUCAAAGGAAGAUUCAGAGAUUCUUCUCAAAAAGCUGUUUAAAGAGAAAAUUUUGAAUAUCUCAAAAUUAUCUCUCGCAAGAUUAUGUUUGAGGUCAGGAAUGAUACUUCCAUACAAGGAAAAGAUGAUUCUCCACUUCAUAAAGCAUAUCCAGCCAGCAGUUUUCCAUAAUGCGUUUUCAUUUCUUUUUGAGUACAUUAAAUCAUCCAACAAAAAGAUGGAACUCGUUUCUUGGCUUCUCUGCGAGAUAUCCGCAAUCGCUUCUGGCGGAAGACCCCAAAUUAUGAGAGAUUUCACUCCAUUAGCCGAAAUUCAAGAGAAUACAAAGAUGGUAAAGACUCCUGGUAUCCUUAUGAUUGCUUGCGCAGCGAUGAUAAGGGUCAUUCGCUUCUGUAUUACUGCAAAAACAGAAGCUGCCGAAAUUGUUCACUCAAUUUUCACUUUUAUACUUCAGUACAACAACUGCAAUGGAUUUAAUAUCAAUGUACCUGAAGAAAUGAAGCAAUUUACAGAUAAACGCUAUUUAUUUGGCGUUUUUGCUGUUUUAUCAAAUUCAAUUUCGAUUCCUAAUGUAUUUUCUUUGAUAAAAGACAACUCCACCAACGUUGUAUACUAUCUUACUGACAUUGAUCCCAAGAAUCAGCAAUAUUUCGGCUGGCAAACUCCAAUUACUCCAAAUAAUCACAUAGAAACCAUUCCUUAUUCCCCAUCUAUAGUUCCAAAGUCCGUAAUUCCAUUUACUCCUGACAUGUAUCCAGAUUACGAGCAUUUAAUGCCUUUCUUUACAAGAGCAUUGAAUGAAGAUCCAGAUUCAUAUUUCACGGAAGCUUUGAAUUUCUAUAUCCUUCAGUCCUUGAAAGAAUACAUCACAGAUCAUAAGUUUUUACUCUCUUUCAUGGAGACAGGAACAAAAUUUCAGAUCAAAAAGUUCAGUCUUCACAAUUACUCGAAGGAUUUCAUAAGAAUAUUAAGUGCCCAUUUAUCCUCAAACUCCCUUGGCUUCCUACAGCAGCCUUCUUUCAGGCCACACUUGUUAUAUUGCGCAAUGACAGGAGUUCCUGACAAUAAACUGGUGAACGUCACUGACAACCACCUGUUUACAUACAAAGGAGCACAUUGUUUCCUUUCAGAUCCGUUAAGUCCGGAGAAUUCAACUUAUUUACACCUGGAUUUCCACAAAAAAUCCGCUUUUCACGUUGGCAUCCACAUGUUUUCGCUCCAUUACUCAUCAUCACAGACGUUCAUGCUCUCAAGUAAUGGUUCUGCCCUUUACAAUGGUUUGCCAAUCGAUACAGUUCCAAGUAUCUACGGAUUUAACGAUGUUACGCUCUGUUACGAACCAUCCGCGUGCACAUUAAGCAUCUACGACCAUAAUACCCAUAUAUUUACCUUCAAAAUCCCUUCAGGAGCUGCAUCAUUUCUAAUUCACACGUUCGGAAGUGUCGAAGUAUCAUAUUCGAUCAAUAACAUUGGUCCUAAAAUGAUCGAAUCCACCGUUUCUGCGAAGAUUUGUUCGAAUAUUCCAACUGGAAAGAAUAUUUUCACAAGAAACAAGAGAACUAAAGGGAAUGUGAAAGAUCUUGUCAAUAAACUCCCAUUCCAACAGUCGAAUCCUCUGAAAAUUAAGCUGACAAAGCCGAAAUUGCAGAGAUUAACUGAAGAUCCGAACUCAUUCUUCUUUACUUACGACGCAAGGACACAACCGAUCAUUUCUUACCCAGCAGAAUUACUUAAGAACUGCAGAACAGAGCUAAACCUUGAAAAUGUCGACAAAUUCAAAAAACAAAUUUUGACAUAUCCUUCAGAAUGCUUCACACACACUUCUAAUGCGGGAACACCUUCUAAAAUACCUGUCUGCCAGUACUGUUCCGCGUUUAACAGGUGUUCUAUCUCUACUUUUCCUUUAGAUUUCAAACCUGUCUUCAUAAAUGACAAUACGGGAGAAGUUACUGAGGUAGAAGGUGUCCAAACAACUAAUAUAACCCUGUUCCAGCCAAUUCAUACCAUAACUUACCCUUGUUUGCCUUCAGAAAUUCUUAAUUUCUUUACAACGGGUUAUGUGUACGAAACAAGGAAAGAUAUACAGACCCACAUUUUCUUACAGGCACUUUCUAUCGUUAAUUUUCCUAAAUCCAAAGCAAUUGAAAUUUUCGACUUAGAAAUGCCGAAUUUGUUGGAAAUUGUGUUGAUGCUUGCAAUGCAUAUUGAACCAAUUAAUCCAGACAUCAUUGCCAAGAAGGAUUGUCCCAUCAAUUUCACGAUUGACGCAACAUCUCCAAAUUAUCACAUAACAGGACCGAAAUAUGUCUUCAAACAAGGCAUAAACGUGAUCUAUCAGUACGUUGAAGAGUCUGAAUUGAUCCCAAUCUUCGCUCACAUAUGGAAAUCUUUCUUAUUACAACAAUUUACCAAUUUCUAUAUGCAUUUCAUCAGACCAUUGCAGCCUAAUGCGGUUAUUACCCAAAUAUCAGCACUCACAGAGACCAGAACUAUCAUAAAACCUUCAGCAAUUGGUUAUAUCGUAUUCAGAGCUGGAUUUAACUCAGAUGGCUCAUUAAAAGUAGCAGAUAAAGAAGGUAGAGAGACGAUAUUGACGAAAGGAUUGGUCUACGUUGAAGGAUUCGUUGUAAAAAUUUCAAGAAUUGACGCAACAGGCGACGGCGUCAUCUGUUUGCCAGUCAAUCCUGGUACGAAUGAAACCUUCUUUGGUAGCUUCUUCGAAUUGGUCCUAUCUUUGAAGUAUUUUACGUAUUAUAUAACGAGAUACAGUAAUUUUAUUGAAAUUUCGGAUUUACAUGACUUCAGAGCCAUGAUAUAUACGAACUUUAUUGAUUCUUAUAUCGCGAACUCCCCAUUCUUUUCGUCAUUUGGUCCAAAUAUCCUUGAAUUUUUAUGUGAUAUUUGUCCAUUGAUAUCCAUUGACUUAGUCGGAGACCUUGUAGUCCAUUUAUCAUUAUUAUCCAUUUACACGAACAAGAAGAACCAUCCGAUCAUGACAUUCCUUACAGAUCAACAGACACAGUUUAGAGAGAAGAUUUACAUACCAUUGAAGAAGAAUUUCCCAGAAUUCCUGACACCUGCCGAACUCAGCGAGUACGAAUCCAUCGAAUUGACUGACUGGGAGAUGCCGAAAAUCCAAUUUCCCCUUUACCUAGAAAAUUCCAGUGAAAAAGUAAACGAAUUCGCUUCUCAACUUGUCAGGUUAUGCAAGCCUAUUACAAAGAAACUAACAGGAUUCCCAUUCCACUUAUUCCUGAACCAAUGGGCAAUUGCAACUACAAAAUUUAUUCCAUAUGAAAUCACGAGAUUAACAGACAAGACGAUAUCUGUGACUAUAUCGGCCAAGCUCAACGAGCAUUGCAUUAUCAAGCUAUACGGAAACAGUACUUUCAACAAAUACGGAAAGAUAUUCGAUCCUCCAGCGUCGAAUAACAUUUUCAUGGGAAAUAACUGCAAGAUUAUCUUCUCAGAAAACAUCGACAAGCUCCAGGAUAUGAAAUUCAUCCUUGUUGCUGAAGGAUUUACUGAAUCUGACCUCAAAGAAUUUGUUAUUCAAAACAGAGAGAUGUUUAUCAACGAUGUCCGAACGAUUUUCGCAAUUUUCGAUUAUAAAUACGACAAAGAUAUCUUUGAAAUGGUUUCUUUGUCAAAAUUUGCGGAACAAAACUUCAAAUUAGACAUCAAUCCUGAAAUAUUAGCGCAAUCAAUGAUUCCUUAUCCUACGCACAUCAUUUACCUCCGUGGUUUGUUGCUAUUUUCCGUUUGUUGGAUGAUUUACCACAAUAUAUUUAAUUGUCCAGAGAAUUUCAUUAAAUAUUUGUGUCAUUUCAUGCCAAAGGAACUGAAAGUGAAGAGGUUCAUGGAGUUGAUUGAUGCAGAAUCUAAUGAUGAUUCAAUACAGUUGAAUUUCAACAGAAUUGGAGCUUUGGAAGUUUGGGAUGGCGUUUUCAAAGAUAUAAAUUGUUCGAUCUUGUAUCAGUUCCACAAGAAAUAUCAAGAAAACGUUCCAAAGAACUUCAGGAAACGAGGAGAUUCACCAUUUUGUGUUGUUUUCCAAGAUGAGAAAGGAAAAGAUUCAGGCGGAAUCUCUAAAGAACUUAUUUUGGAUGCGAUCAACGAAUCAAUCAUUCCGAGUAUUGGUUUGUUCAUUCAAUGUCCAAAUUCGAAGUUCCCUAACUCUGAAAACUUCGAUUGCCUGAUUCCUGUUCCAGAUCCAAACAACAUGCAUUCAGAGGACAUGUAUAAGAUGCUUGGUGUUUUGUUUGGAAUCUCAACGAGAUGCGGACUGACGAAACCACUGCCUUUCCCUGAUUUCUUCUGGAAAUACAUCGCACAAGGGAUAUUGACAAUCGAAGACAUUUAUUCUAUCGACACACCAUACAAAGAACUGAUGAUUUCUCUCGAAAACAACAUACAGAACAUCACAGACGAGAAAGUGUUUUCGAGCAGAUUUUCUCUUUUCUUCGUUGUGAAAGACUCACUAGGACAAGAGAGGCCACUUUCUGAGUACGGAAGAACGCGUCCUGUCACUCUCCAAAACGUGAGAGAAUACAUAUCUCUCUCUAAGGAUUUCAGGAUCAAAGAACUGAAGAGUAACUUGGACAUCAUCCGCCAAGGAUACUGGGAGAACUUAGGACUGAAACCUCCUCCUUUCGUUACAGGAGACAUCAUCAGAUCUUGUUGCUCUCCUCCAAACGAAUUGACAGCAGAAGCAAUCUUGAGUGUGACAGAGUUCGACCAUGGUUUGCCUAAAGAACUGAAAGAUUUGUUCAUCGAGAUACUGAACGAGAUGAACAAAUCACAACUUUCUCUUCUUCUCAAGUUCGCGACAGCGAGAGAGAACUUGCCAUUCAACCCUCCAAGCAAACCUCUUUUGAACAUCUGCUACAUGAAUGACUCUGCGUGGAGGGAUGGACUACCUAAAGCGAGGACAUGUUUCGGUGAGUUCGACAUGCCUAUAUACACAUCGAAAGAGAUCGCGAAGAAGAAGAUUCUUUUAGCUAUCGAAAUAUCUGGAACAUUCGAAAAUAACUGA